AUGGAUUCAUGGUUGCAUGAAGAGGUGGAUGGAUGGAUGCAUGGUUGGAUGAAAAGGUGGAUGGAUGGAUGGAUGGAUGCAUGGAUGGAUUCAGGGCUGGAUGAAUGGAUGAUGGAUGGAUGGAUAUUUGCAGGCAUGGAUGGACGAAUAGAUGGACGUAUGGAUGGACAGAUUCAUGGAUGGAUGCUACAACAGAAAUACCUAUAUGAUCUGCAAAAAUGUCUAGUGUCAUCACGGUUCAUGAGCUACAUCGUAGAGAGAAACGAAAAGACAGCGGACUCACAUUAA